AUGGACUUCUCAUACUUUACAUCCGCACCUCAACCGUAUCCAUUCCUCGGUCUAGCGCAGUCGCAGGACGAUCAGCCGGACGAGUUCCAGAUCACUGCGCCUGGUACCAACCAGUACGAUGAACCGUUUGCAGCAUUCCAGCAGAACUUCCUCUACGAUCCCUCUACCUUUCUCGCGCAGUCACACCAUGCGCCCGUCCAACCCCAGCCCAACGAGCCGAGGCUCCGGCUCGAGUCGAGCACAUCUUUACCCGAGACAGAGAUGGAAACCACCCAAGGCGCGGAAAUGAACAUGGACGACACCCCUAUGGGCCGGAGCAGCAGCGACGAGAAAGAUGCCGCUAUCAUGUCCACCCAACAAAGCAGAAGGAAAGCGCAAAACAGAGCAGCUCAACGGGCGUUUCGAGAACGAAAGGAAAGACAUCUCAAAGACGUCGAGGCCAAACUCAGCAGUCUACAGGAACAGACGGCCGCCUUGAACGGCGAGAACGAACGGCUACGGCGCGAACUGGCCAGGAUGACGACCGAGAACGAAAUCCUUCGCGCGACUUCCGGUUCUGUCUCCGUCUCCAGUGGCUCGGGGUCGACGCCUUUUGGGCCAUUACAACCCGAUGAAAUGGUCGGCCCGUUGAGGUUCGUGCCCACUGAUCGUCGUCCUCCCAAGGCUGGAUCCUCGGGAGUCACAACCCCGGGCCUCGAAAAUGGGCACAAAGUCGCGUUGUCUGACACUUUUCGAACCAUCGUCGCCGUUGACGGCGAGACGGGCGAGCGAGUCCUCAGUGCCGGAGCCACUUGGGAUUAUAUCCAGGCCAACGAACUCGUUCGCAACGGCCUGGUCGAGGUCGGUGAUGUCUGCGAGCGCUUGAAGAAAAAGGCCCGAUGCGAUGGUCGCGGUCCCGUCUUCUUGGAAGCCGACGUCCAAAAAGCAAUUGUUGAAAGUGCCGCUGCUGGCGGACGCGAUGAAUUGAUAUGA